CCAGAAAUGGCCGGCGGCGGGGCGGAGUCAAUUGCGUGCGCCGGAUACUGGGUCCCGCGCUGCAGCUGUUGCCGCCGCCGGCAACCCCUAGCCGCCGCCCACCUGAGGAGGAGCCCCGGGAAGUGUUGCUGUUGCCGGUCGCUGCAGCCGCGGGCUCCAGGUGCAGACGGGAGCCGGCCAGAACCAUGUUGGGCAGCGGCGCCAAGGCGACCAAGCCCUCCUUCGUGUCCUACAUCAGCCCGGAGGAAAUACACAUAAAGAAACCCACAGAAAAGGAAGUAAAUCUACACUUAUUGCCAGGUGAACUGCUGCUUUGUGAGGCAAGCACGGUAUACAAAUACAUACAAGAAGAUGGGUCAGAUCGUGGCACCUAUGGGAAACUUGUAUGCACAAACUUCAAGAUUGCUUUCCUUGAUGAUGAUUCUGCUACAAAUGAAAAUGAGCCACAAUUUAAGAAUAAGAUUGUAGGAGAAAAUGACAUAACCCUGCAAUGUGUAGAUCAAAUCUAUGGAGUUUAUGAUGAGAAAAAGAAGCUUCUAACUGGACAACUGAGAAAAUACCCAGAAAAGCUAAUUAUCUACUGUAAAGAUCUUAGAGUAUUUCAUUUCUGCCUGAGGUACACAAAAGAAGAGGAAGUGAAGAGAAUCGUCAGUGGUAUAGUCCAUCACAGCCAGACUCCUAAGCUGCUUAAACGCUUGUUUCUGUUUUCUUAUGCAUCAGCUGCCCCAAACAACACAGAUGGAAGAAACCAAACUGUGAUGUUUGAUACUCUUGAAGACUGGCGUUAUGAAUUGGAGCGGACCAAAGGGAAUGUGAAAUACAAAGCAGUGACUACCAAUGAAGGUUACAGAGUGUCUGAAAAGCUGCCUCUGUAUUUCGUUGUUCCCAUAUGCAUUUCUGAAGAGAGCAUCUUGAAGUAUGAAGGCAGAGGCAUUCCUAUCUGGUGUUGGUCUUGCCACAGUGGUGCUGCUCUUCUCAAAAUGUCUGCAUUUCCCAAAGAACAGGAUGACAGCACUUCACAAAUGCAAAAAGCCUUCUUGGAUGGAAUCUAUAAGACAAUUAGCAAACCUCCUUAUGAACUUCUGAAGACAGAGGACUUGUCAAGCAGCCUUCCAUCUUUGCAAGAUAUUCAGACUGCAUAUACAAGAUUUAAACAGCUGUUUUUGAUAGAUAACAGCACAGACUUCUGGGCAACCGAUGUGAAAUGGUUUUCAUUACUGGAGAGCACAAACUGGCUAGAGAUAAUCAGGCGAGUCUUGAAGAAAGCAAUAGAAGUUGCAGAGUGUCUGGAAAGACAGCAUACAAAUGUUCUCCUUAUAGAAGAGAGUGCUACUGAUCUGUGCUGUGUAAUCUCUAGCCUGGUUCAAGUGAUGAUGGAUUCAUACAGCAGAACAAAAUCAGGGUUUCAGAGCCUUAUUCAGAAGGAGUGGGUGAUUGGAGGACACAGCUUUUUGGAUCGUUGUAACCACUUACAUAAAAGUGACAAAGAUGAGGCUCCUGUUUUUCUGCUCCUGCUAAAUUGUGUUUGGCAGUUGGUACAACAGUAUCCUCCAGCAUUUGAGUUCACAGAAACUUACUUAACUGUUUUGUCAGACAGCCUCUAUGUGCCUAUUUUUAGCACUUUCUUCUUCAAUUCACAACAUCAGAAAGACAUUAAUACGAGUGGUGAAAGCCUCAAGAUACAAAGCGGUCCUUUCAGAUUUCUUACUGUGUGGGACUGGUCUGUGCAGUUUGACCCCAAGGCCCAGGCUUUCCUGAACAACCCUCUUUAUGCAGAGAAACCAAAGCCAGAUAAAAGUCAACGGAAAACUGCACGUUUCAAACAUCAACGGCAACUUUCUUUGCCAUUGACACAAACAAAGUCUUCCACGAAGAGAGGAUUUUUUAGGGAGGAAACAGAUUACUUAAUUAAAAACAUUCUUGGUAAAAGAAUUGGCAAGUUCAUAAAUUCUUCAGAUGAAUCUCCUAACAGCUUCAGGGAAUUUUAUGAUAGCUGGCAUAGCAAACCUGUUGACUAUCAUGGCCUUCUGUUACCUCGCAUCGAUGGCCCUGAAAUCAAAGUCUGGGCACAACGGUAUUUACGAUGGAUUCCUGAAGCUCAGCUUCCUGGAGGUGGUACAAUAGCUACAACUGCCAAGAUUUUGGAGUUGAUGGAGGAAGUGCAAAGCCUGCAGGUAAAAAUGGAUGAAGAACAUAGCCAAGGUACUUUUGGAGAUGUACAUUCUGUUCCUAUGCUGAGAAAUUCUGCCCGUUUGUCAUCCUUGUUUCCAUUUGCUUUACUUCAGAGACAAUCUGUCAAACCAGCUUUGCCAACUAGUACCUGGAAAGACUUGGAAGAUGAAGAUGAUUUGGUCAAGAGGGAUGAUGAAUUUGUUGAUCUAGGUGGUGAAAUGUUAUAAAGUCUAUACAAAUGCACGUAUGAAUUGUGUGGUUAAGCUCUGAGCUUUAAAUUUUAUGCUGUAUCAACGUAUAAGGAACUCACUCAAGCAUCUGCAGCCUUUUUAAUGGGUUUGUGGGUUAAAAAAGAAUUGGUUGGAAAGAACUAACUGCCGUGAUAUAACUGAGCAUAUUUUGAACUUGGAUUUCACUCUAACAGUAUUUGUUGUAGAAACACAUUUUUAGCAUAAGUGUAAUAAAAGAAAUAAUCUAGGCUGGAGUAGCCAUAUGGCCACAUUGUUUCGAAACAAAGAGAAAAGAACCCCAGAAAAUACGAAACAACCAUCCACAACAAACACCUAUUAUUUUCUUAGGUAAAGGUGGAGUACUAAACAAAUACAGCAACAGCCACUCUCAACACAAACCUCUUUCCUUUGUGCUAAAAGUACUAGGACUGGCAGUGCUGUGACUAGGAACAUAUACCCCUGCAUUGCUCCCUCACGUGAAAUAAGCAGGGAAAGGUGCAACUAAAUGUGCAUUCACAAGUAAGCUUUUUACAGCUGAGGAAUAAACAUGGGGAUAUCAGAGGUUUUCUGUCUACUGUGGCAUCAGUUGGAGUUGUAUGCUUGUCAAACUCAUCUUUUCUAACAGUGUUCAUCUUUGACUUGCAGCACUUCACCCUGUGAAGUAUUAUCAUCACAGCUUGGCUGCUCUAAGCCUGUGCAUGCACUUAGCUUACUGAUCAGAUGCAAGUGCUUAACUACACAUUUCAAGUCUUACUGUGUGGCUGCUGUGCUAUAUGCCUUUGCUGCCUUGGAAUAGUAAAUCCCAAAUGUUUGCUUUUCAUUGUAAGAAAUGACUUGACUGUGGGAUUGUGAUUUGCCCAUGAGUUGUUUUUUUUGUUGUUUUUUUCCCCCCUCCCUUUUAACAGAGUUAGACUUUUUGACUUCCCUGUUUAUGCCAGUUGCCUUUGAGGCUGUCUGUAGCUUGCACUGAGACCCUCUAUCUAGAAGGGAAGACUCCUUUUUUUGUAAUCCUGCAGUGAAAGCUGGGUUUGCCAUCUGUUGCCACUUCUCAUGAGUUGGUGGUACAGCUCAUGAAUGUGGUGUUCGUACCAUAUGAACACUUGCAUCCUGUUCUUGGAUGUUACAACAGUACCUCUGAAUAAAGCCAUAAAGAAAUGCCUGUUGACUUUGAUCUACUGUGUGUAUGUUUAUAUAUAAAGUAUUUUUACUGCAGAUAAUUGUCCUUUGUAAAGCUAGAUUUUAUUUGACUGUCAGAUCUAUUUUGAACCUUUAAAUUCUAGAAUAUCCCAAGAAUGCAUACAAGUCAUAAUCAGUUAGACUGAUAGGGUGAACACUGAAUGUUUUUGCUGUUCUCAUACCAGUUUAGACAUCCAUGCUGGAAAACUUACCUGGUGGAGAAACUGUUGCUUUAAAUGGAAACAGCUCAGUGUAAUCGGGGAUAUUAAACUGGGUUACUGGUUAAUCACACUGAGCUGUAUUACUGUGUAUAGCAAAAAUUUAUCAGCUCUCUAAAGACAACUUUCAGUAUGUUAAAACAAAUGUAUUAAUGGGGAGAGUGGGAGAGGUUAAUGCAACUAUGCCAAACUGAAGCUUCUCAACAGUUGAUUGCCUUAAGUCUUAGUAGUGGGAGGGCAAUACUUGAGUUUGUAGCAUUUAAUUUAAAAAUACACUAGUACUUAUGCUUUAUUCCGUGAUACAUAACGGUUUUGUAGCUGCACUUGCUAGAAUGGACUGUCCAGCACACAUCUUUCAGACUUUAUUACUGUAGUUCAAGUGACUCAUAUGCAAUAAUACCUUGCAUGUUGAUUGAGAAAUGCCUUUUUGUGGAGAAGAAAUCUGUCAUUCAAACUCAAGAUAUUAAGAUUUUUUUUUUAACACUGCCAUUAGCAAAAAAAAUUAAAUGGAUAUUUCUAUACUUUUGAUCAAACUGUUGUAAUGUUUCAGUUACUACAUAUUUAUAUUAAAGAACAGAUGUUGGACAUCUUUGUACAUACAUUAUAAGGAGUUUAUACAGAAAAGAAACAUAUGUGGAAUUGAACAUACAAAAACUUCUAAUGUAGAAUAAAUAUCAUUGUUACUGUUUUUUUCUGCACUGUGGGAUUGAAAAUGUACUUUAAUAUUUGUACUCCAGGCUUCUGUUUAUACCUCUCAAGUUUCUACACUGAAUGCAAGCUACAAGAUUUACGGUUUUGUUUGGGUCUUUGGGGAGGGUGGUUAGACUUUUUUGUUUGUUUUAAUACUGUUACUUCUCUAAAAGGAUGUUCAGAGACCAAUAAAAUGUACUUUGGUAUACUUGUCUUGAAA